UCUCGAGCAUGGCACACCAUACUUCCUCCACUCGUCCACACACACAGCAUUGGCUCUGUCGAGGAUCCGGUCGACAGGCGUGGCAUUGAAGCCAGACUUCUAAACCAGGCCCUCAACGGAACACUCAGUGUUAGCACGACCGGUUAUGAUCCCAGCUACUUUAUGGGAGUUGCUGGUCGCCAUGACUUCUCAAAGGAUGUAAAUGUAUUUGGAAAGGUCUUAGCGUCGCAGUACAUCGAGGGUACAGAGAGA